AUGUCAGGUCGUCCUAAAUUAUUGUCCAUUGAUGCAUUUGCAAAGACUGUAGAAGAUGCCAGGGUGAAAACUGCUAGCGGAGGGAUGAUUACAGUGUUAUGUGUGAUGGUUGUAUUGUUUUUAAUACGUAAUGAGUAUUUAGAUUAUACUCUGAUCAUUACCAGACCAGAAUUAGUAGUUGAUCGAGAUAUCAACAAGAAAUUAGAUAUUAAUUUAGAUAUCUCCUUCCCUCAUAUGCCAUGUGCCAUGUUAAGUAUGGAUAUUUUGGAUGUUAGUGGAGAUAUUAAAAUUGAUCUUUUAAAAAAUCAAUUCCAAAAAUUUAGAAUCUUGAAAGAUGGUCAACAAGUUGAAGUUCAAAAUGCCAAUUUAGUUGAUCCAACUCCUUUAGAAAUAAGAGCUAAGGGAUUGACCGAAGAAGAAACCCAACAAAAUAAAGAAUGUGGUCCUUGUUAUGGAUCGUUACCUCAAGAUAAUAAAGAAUAUUGUUGUAAUGAUUGUGAAACUGUUAGAUUAGCUUAUGCUGCGAAAGUAUGGGCAUUUUAUGAUGGUAAAGAUAUAAAACAAUGUGAAGAUGAAGGGUACGUUCAAACAAUCAAUGAAGAAAUCAAUGGUGGUGAAGGAUGUAGAAUCGUCGGAACUACACAAAUUAAUAGAAUUAGUGGGAAUUUACAUUUUGCUCCUGGAGCUUCAUAUACUGAACCAGGUAGACAUGUUCAUGAUUUAUCAUUAUUCCAAAAAAGAACGGAAAAUUUCAAUUUUGAUCAUGUUAUUCAUCAUUUAUCAUUCGGUAAUGAUCCUGUUACUCAAGCCGCAGACAUUGAUAAACAAUCAUUACAUCCAUUAGAUGGAGCCAGUCAAUCUUUGAAUCAAAAACAUCAUUUAUAUUCAUAUUACCUCAAUGUAGUUGCCACUAGAUUCGAAUAUUUAACCACCAGUUUGAAACAAUCAUUGGAAACCAAUCAAUUUUCGGUGAUUUAUCACGAUAGACCAUUAAUUGGUGGUAAAGAUCAAGACCAUCAACAUACUUUACAUGCCAGAGGUGGAGUACCUGGGUUAUUCUUCCAUUUUGAUAUUUCUCCAUUGAAAAUCAUCAAUAAAGAACAGUACGCUAAAAGCUGGUCAGGAUUUGUUUUAGGAGUUAUUAGUUCAAUUGCUGGAGUGUUAAUGGUUGGAUCAUUAUUAGAUAGAUCAGUAUGGGCUGCCGAAAAAGCUAUCAGAGGUAGAAAAGAUAUUUAG